AUGGCCCUUCCCGUGCAGAUCCUGCGGGAGCACGUCAUGGUGCGGGUCGGGGGCGGCUGGGACACGCUGGAGCACUACCUGGACAAGCACGACCCGUGUCGCUGCACCUCGCUCUCUCACAAACAAGCCUGGAAAGCGCGGAGCCCGCAGCAGCCGGUGCAGCACGAGGUGCGGCUGUGCCCGGCCCCGAGGGCGGCCGCCCGCAGCCCCCAGCCCGCGCUGCUGGUCAGCCGCUCCCAGAGCCCCCUGCCCCCCGUCACCUGGGGGGCCCGUGUCCCCUCCGGGGGUCCCCGGUCCCCUGCCACCCCCUCGCCAGAGGGCUCGGGUCGCCAGCCGGGUUCCAGCCCUCACCCGGAGCCGGCGCAGCCCCGGAGGGUCCCUUCGGGCAGGAUGCGGGAGCCACCCGCUGUCCCUCUGGGGAGGCAGCCGCCACCAUCCCGGUCACCCGCUCGAUCCAGCUCCCCUGGGCACGGGCCGAGGGGCCGGGCACCCGUCCCUUCCCGGCUGGGCCCAGGGAAAUGCAUCCCUGUGGCACCGGCACGGGGCAGGCCCGCAGCACCCGGCCCGCGGACGGUGCCGGCACCUCCGAGAAGCAGCCGGCAAGGAGGAAAAUCAUCUGCGCUGGCUGCCAGGCCACAGGAAACGGAGACACCCGCCACAGCGACACCCCGAGCCCCCAGCCCCUGCAAGGGCCGUGCCCCCAGUCCCCUAAAGGUCUGUGCCCCCUCCUCGCACCGGGAUGCUCCGGGAGAAGGGAGGCAGGGAGCCCUUGGCCGGGGCCGACAGCCUUCACCCCGAAAUUCCUCCAGCCACCCCCCGAAAGUGGACAGCGGCGUUAAACCCCCCAGCAAAGCCAGCCCGGCCCCGUCCCGGCCCCCCACCCCUCUGGGCCGUCCCGCAGGGGGGUGCAGGGUCUGUGCUGCUGGGGACGGUCCCCAGGGGACACGGCAGUGCCACCCCGCCCCGGACCCAGGGGCUGCGGCUGCUCAGGGACCUCGGGCGCCAGAGGAUGAAGCCGGGGCAGCCAGAGGAUGUGGCCAGGGGCUCCGGGGGUGCUGUAGGCACACGCAGCCCCCCGGCUAUGACAGGGUGCUGGAGGAGCUCUCCCGCGGGCGGCAGCCCCUGCGCCCCGUGGGGAUGCGGAGCCAGGUCCCCCAAACACCCGCAGGAGCUGCCCCGCAGCUCCCAGCCCCGGCGGAGGCAGAGCGGCCGGGGGUGGGGGGCCAGACCCCGCGGGCACCCAGGGCCGGCAGCGUCGCCAAGCCCCGGCGGUGCCUGAAGAAGCCCGAGCGUGUGCCCUCCAUCUACAAGCUGAAGCUGCGGCCCAAGGUGCGCCCCCGGCGGGAUCACAGGCCGGGCAAGCGCCCCUCGCGCAUCCCCACCCCGCUGGGGCAUCGCCCCGCUGCCCCCCGCGCCCAGCACCGGCCCCCGGCGCCGCCCCGAGCCCCCCAGCCCGGCGGCACACGCCCCACGCCGUCCCUGGGUGACAGCGGCACCUGCCUGACCGAGGAUGAUGAGGAGUCGUGGGUCUGA